UGUUUUACCCUAAAUAACGCACACUUUUCAAAUUUAUCACCAAGGGAACCGGCCGAUUACGUAACGGAAACAUGUUUUUGCCGGCUGUUUGGCGCGGUGCCGGCGGGUAUAUACCAGGUGCGAAGGUGCAAAAUCGACAGGUUCAGCAUGCGUGUUUCCAUUUCCGUCAAAAGUCCGUAGUCAACUGGACGUCCGGGAAGAUUUCCAGACUGUUUGGACGCGGAUUGAUAUCAGCAGCAAAAACAAAAGGAGAGAUGACUCGAAACGAAGACAAAUUUUAUAUCGAUCUCGCUUCCGACGAUUCCAGGCUCGAUUCUAGGACUACUGCAAAAUUCAGUGUUGUGGAGGAGGAUGAGGAAGAGGAGGAGGGUUGUUACAUCACCUUCACUACCAGUGAGAGUCGCUGUGACGCUUUGUUUGACAGAGGAGUUGACAUGGUGGCAGAGGGCGACCCCAGCGCUGCUCUCUCCGCGUUUCUUGAGACACUCACUGCACUCCAGGACUGCCAGUACACUAACAAACUCCUACCAACCCUCUACCAAGUCGCUGAGGCUUACAGGAUCCUGGGGGAGACUGAUAAAUCGAUGGAGAUAUCGGACACUGUUUCGAUCAUGCAGGAGGCACUCGAUGCGGCCACGAGAGAGAAGUGGAGGGAGAGGAAGAUGCUUGGGAGGGUGGGAUCAAUGUUCCAAGAUCAACAGCAGCAGUCGACUGACUGUGGAGCCCUCUUUCUCAAGAAAGCCGAAGAGACCAUUGGACUAGUCUGCGAGUUGCAAGGGAAAUCCGACUUGGAGCAUGCAGUAGAACCUGCAGAGAUUGCAUUCAGGAUUCUGCAGUUUACGCUCGGUCCACAGCACCCCAGAACAUUGCAGAGCCUGAGAGAUCUAACCACUCUCUAUACUGGGCCGGAAUCCUGCAUUUCAGUGCAAUUGACCCACUGCAGGGAACCCAUCAUUUUUACAGCCGCAAUCAAAUCUUUAUGCUCGCAGUUUUUGGAGGAGAACCAAAACCCAGUGAGCCAAUGUGUUUCUGUGACUCUCUCCGACAUAACAAAUGCCAGUUGCACUUCACCACUCUCGUCCUCCUUACUACACUGUAACUCUUUGGAAGACCCUCUCUCCACAUCCUCUCAGUCAGUUGAGGAAACAAGCCCACAACUACCAAACAAAGGUCUCUCACAGGAAAAAGAAGAGGACGAUGAGGGAGUUAAAACUCCCCCUCCUCCUGCCAAGGCCAGGGCUCACACCCAAUCAACUGCCAGCUCCCAGGAUGUUUACAUUACCUCCCAACCUUGGGUUGGUGAUAAGGAAUUCCAGUGCGGUCAUCCAGAGACUGUCUCUAGUGGAGGGUUCAGUUCCUAUUUGUUCCCUGUGUCUCUAAUCAGCAGCCACUCCAACAAUCUUGUCUCCAUUUUCACUCUUUUCGUGGCUUUCAGCCUAAUGGCUGUUGCUGCUUUUUCUAUUUACUGAGAACUUCUCUGUUUUUUGUCGCUGUGAAAUUCAUUUUUUGUGAGAUUAUACGUACACACUAACGCUGCGGGUAUACGGACAGAAUACGGAAACUGAACUUUUGAACUCUACGCGAGCAAGAGUGGAUGGAGACCGCUCUUUUGCUCUGUGUUUUCAGCGCUCUAGUGGUUCCUCAGUGGGCCAUUCCCGGCGGAGUAGAGGAGAUAGAUGACCUGAGAAGCAAGGAAGUAUUGUCGGCGGCGCAGGCUGCCGUUGACUGCCUGAACGAGCCUGCCGUUGACUGUCCGAACAACGAUGCCUCAAACUCCGUGUACAAGACUUUACUGGUGGAUGUCAUUGACGGAACGCAGCAGGUCGUCGCUGGGAAGAAGUACGUUCUCUCUGUUCUCGUUGGAAGAUCUACUGACUGCAGGAAGGAUGAGGAUGGUGAAGCAACUGCUGACCGUUGUCAUAUCGGUGGAACUAGUACCUGGACGGCCACGGUCAUUUCCCAGCCCUGGCUCUCUCCCGAGUACAAGGUGACUGGUCUGGAGAGGACAGAGCCUGGGGAGGAGGAGGAGGAGGAGGGAGAGGACAUCGUGGGUGGUACAGUGCCCCUCCACAAUUCACGAGAUGAGUAUGUAGUGGGAGCAGCUGAAGCCGCAGUUACCGAGCUAAACAGAAAGUCUAACGCACUGUUCAAGACGGUGCUUGUUGACAUUGUGGACGGUACGUCUCAGGUGGUGAAUGGGAUGAUGUAUACCCUGACACUGCUGGUGGGUAGGUCUGACUGCAGGAAUGAUGGCAAGUAUUCUACUCUGGAGGAAUGUCCGGUGGAACUUGGCACAGUAUGUUGUAGCACACCCAGCGGUUCAUUCAGAUUGUGCAAGAUUACAGGGGCUGUUGGGAUAAUAGGGUCGUCUUGUGUUUGAACAGGUUGAGAGGUGGGAGGCAGUGGUGUGGCAACACUUUCCAUCUCUCCAUUAUCAAAUGGUGGCACUGAAGAAGGUCAGAGAGUAGAACACCAAGCUAGACCAAUAAUCUUGGCACGGGGCAAGGUCAGAGUCUAGAAUGGCGCCAAGUGCCCACAAAUAUACUUUUUUGCCACUGGUCAGCGAGUCAUAAGGUUAAAGGUCAGGGUUUAUGACUCAAUGACCCAUUCACUACCACUUUUGUUAGUCUAAGUAUUUUCCCUCAUUGACUAGAAUGUCACUUGUGUAAUAUAUACUAUCCCAUAGUUGCCCUAGAGGCUGUGAAGAUCAUGAUCAACAACUGGAAAAUAACUCCCUAUUUUCAUAAUCAUGUUUUAUUAUCAUGUUUCAGCGCUUUCAUCAUUUUUAAUCAUGUUGUAUGUUAUAUCUACAGCAUUAGGCAUUCUUACUUUUCAUAAGGCAACUUUGCAUGAACCAUAUAUGUGGCAAGAAAGUUUCUGUUCUUAUGCACACAAAUAGUAUAAAGUUUGGGUAAGGACUGCCUUCU